AUAAGGCGGUGCAGGCGUAAAGAUACAACAGCAGGUCGGAGACUAGCACAACCGAUCUUCCACCGACCUUCCAUACAAAUAUUCGUCCGCUUGUUCUCUUCCGGCUUGAUCUUCCACCGUGUCCUGGAAAAGCGCCUCUGAUUUCCCUAGCACCUUCUCUCUAGUCACCCCACCAGCACCAUGGCACAACUCGACACGCUCGACAUAAUCGUCCUCGCCGCACUUCUGCUCGGUACCGUUGCCUACUUCACCAAGGGCACGUACUGGGCGGUAUAUGGUGACCCGUACGGCAACUCCCUGGCCACCAGCAAUGGUGCCGCUAGGGCGGGCAAGUCGCGGAACAUAAUCGAGAAGAUGGAGGAGCAGGACAAGAACUGCGUUGUCUUCUACGGUAGUCAAACGGGCACCGCCGAGGACUACGCCUCCAGGUUGGCCAAAGAAGGGCAUUCAAGGUUCGGACUGAAUACUAUGGUGGCGGACUUGGAGGACUACGACUACGAGAACAUGGACAAGUUCCCCAACGACAAGCUCGCCGUGUUUGUGCUUGCUACGUACGGCGAGGGAGAGCCAACCGACAAUGCAGUUGAGUUCUACGAAUUCAUUGGCGGCGAGGAUGUGACCUUCAGCGAAGGUGCGUCCGCCGAAGACAAACCUCUCCAGAAUCUCAAGUAUGUCGCGUUUGGUCUUGGAAACAACACGUACGAGCACUACAACUCCAUGGUUCGAAACGUGGACAAGUACUUGACCAAGCUUGGCGCAAAGAGGCUUGGAGCUGCCGGCGAGGGUGACGAUGGCGCUGGCACCAUGGAAGAAGAUUUUCUGGCCUGGAAGGAACCCAUGUGGGCCGCUGUACAGGAAGACAUGGGCCUGGAGGAGCGCGAGGCCGUGUACGAGGCCGUCUUCGAGAUCACUGAGAAGCCCGACAUGGAUGCCGAGGAGGACGAGGUCUAUUUGGGUGAGCCUAACAAGAACCACCUGGAAGGUGCUCAGAAGGGACCAUUCAACGCCAACAACCCCUUCAUUGCCCCAAUUGCGGAAUCAUCUGAGCUCUUCACCGCCAAGGACAGGAAUUGUCUGCACAUGGAAAUCAACAUCGCUGGAUCCAACCUAUCUUACAAUACUGGAGACCACAUUGCAGUCUGGCCCACCAACGCUGGAAAGGAGGUCGAUCGAUUUUUGUCCAUCAUGGGUCUCGCCGACAAGCGUCACAUGGUGAUCACAGUCAAAGGUUUGGAUCCCACCGCGAAGGUCCCCUUCCCGUCUCCGACCACCUACGAUGCAGCCAUCCGCUACCAUAUGGAGAUUUGUGCCCCUGUAUCGCGUCAACUUGUGUCUACUAUCGCCCAAUUCUCUCCCAAUGACGACAUAAAGGCGGAAAUGGUCAAGCUUGGAAGUGACAAAGACUACUUCCACCAGAAGGUAAUAGACCGCAACCUCAACCUGGCACAGCUUCUCGAGAUACUUUCAAAUGGCGCGCCGUGGACAAAAGUUCCUUUCUCUCUCAUGAUGGAAGGCUUAGUCAAAAUCCAACCACGGUACUACUCCAUUUCCUCGUCUUCCUUGGUUCAAAAGAACAAGAUCUCAAUCACGGCCGUCGUUGAAUCAUUACAUAAGCCCAAUACCCCACAUGUCGUCAAGGGUGUAACGACAAAUUAUCUUCUGGCUUUGAAGCAGAAACAGCAUGGCGAACCAGAGCCAGAUCCACAUGGACUCAACUACGCCCUCACCGGACCUCGCAACAAGUACGAUGGAAUUCAUGUACCCGUGCAUAUCCGUCACUCUAACUUCAAGCUCCCAUCUGAUCCUUCGAAGCCAAUCAUCAUGGUUGGUCCGGGGACUGGUGUCGCUCCAUUCCGAGGAUUCGUCCAGGAGCGCGCGGCACAAGCGAAAGCAGGCAAGAACGUUGGAAAGACAGUUCUAUUCUUCGGAUGCAGGAAGAAGGAGGAAGAUUUCCUGUACCAGAAUGAGUGGGGUCAAUAUAAGGAGGCACUUGGUGACAACUUCAUUCUGCACGUUGCUUUCUCGCGAGACGGACCAAAGAAGGUUUAUGUCCAGCACAAGAUGGAGGAAUGGUCCGAGGAGAUCAAUAAGCUCCUUGAACAAAAGGCCUAUUUCUAUGUCUGCGGUGAUGCAGCAAACAUGGCGCGCGAGGUCAACACCUUGCUCUCCAAGAUCAUUUCCAAGCACAGGGACGUGUCAGAAGCAAAGGGAGAGGAAAUCGUCAAGGCAAUGAGAGCGUCCAGCCAAUACCAGGAAGAUGUUUGGUCAUGACCGAUUCCCUCAAUAUUCUUCAGCAUUUCAGGCAAGGCUUGGUGGGUUAGAUUGGAGCGUAUUCGGCGUUUGCUUGUUGUGUUCUAC